CGCGAGAUCCGGGCAACUGAGCGCUCGGGGCCUUUUCAAAUCGGGAUCCGUUACCGCUUUCCCGGCAGCCGCCAUUGUAGCGCUCGGAGCCCCUCAGCUCAGGCGGCCGUGGCGGAGGCGGAGGCAGCGGCAGCGGGAUGGCGGACGCCGACAAGCCCGAGGUGCUCGGGGCCGCUGGCGACGACAGUCCGCAUCAGCAGCCAGCGGAGCAGCCGGGCGAGCCGCGGCGAGAACCGCACCCGCCGGAGCCAGAGAAGCAGCCGCCGCAGCACAGCAGCAGCUCCAAUGGCGUUAAAAUGGAAAAUGAUGAAUCAGUCAAAGAAGAUAAAUCUGAAUUAAAAGAAAAAUCUUCAGGAAAUAAGAAGGCCAAUAGAUUUCAUCCUUAUUCAAAAGAUAAGAAUUCAGGCACUGGAGAAAAGAAGGGUCCAAAUCGAAACAGAGUUUUCAUUAGCAACAUCCCAUAUGAUAUGAAAUGGCAAGCUAUUAAAGAUCUAAUGAGAGAAAAAGUCGGUGAGGUUACAUACGUGGAGCUCUUUAAGGAUGCGGAAGGAAAAUCAAGGGGUUGUGGUGUUGUUGAAUUCAAAGAUGAAGAAUUCGUAAAGAAAGCGCUAGAAACUAUGAACAAAUAUGAUCUUAGUGGAAGACCCCUGAAUAUUAAAGAGGACCCUGAUGGAGAAAAUGCUCGUAGGGCAUUGCAACGAACAGGAGGAUCAUUUCCAGGAGGACAUGUACCCGAUAUGGGAUCGGGGUUGAUGAAUUUACCACCUUCCAUUCUCAAUAAUCCAAACAUUCCUCCUGAGGUUAUCAGUAAUUUGCAGGCUGGUAGACUUGGUUCCACAAUUUUUGUUGCUAAUCUUGACUUCAAAGUUGGUUGGAAGAAGCUAAAGGAGGUGUUCAGCAUAGCUGGAACUGUAAAACGGGCAGAUAUUAAAGAAGACAAAGAUGGCAAGAGCAGAGGAAUGGGCACAGUCACUUUUGAACAAGCAAUUGAAGCAGUUCAAGCAAUUUCUAUGUUCAAUGGGCAGUUUUUGUUUGAUAGACCUAUGCAUGUGAAAAUGGAUGACAAGUCUGUCCCUCAUGAAGACUACCGCUCACAUGAUAGUAAAACACCACAGUUACCACGUGGUCUUGGAGGCAUUGGAAUGGGACUUGGUCCAGGUGGACAGCCUAUUAGUGCCAGCCAGUUGAAUAUAGGUGGUGUAAUGGGAAAUUUAGGCCCAAGUGGUAUGGGAAUGGAUGGUCCAGGUUUUGGAGGAAUGAAUAGAAUUGGAGGAGGAAUUGGGUUUGGUGGUCUGGAAGCAAUGAAUAGCAUGGGAGGAUUUGGAGGAGUUGGCCGAAUGGGAGAGCUGUACCGUGGUGCGAUGACUAGUAGCAUGGAGAGAGAUUUUGGACGUGGUGAUAUUGGAUUAAAUCGAGGCUUUGGAGAUUCCUUUGGUAGACUUGGCAGUGCAAUGAUUGCAGGAAGAAUAGGAGCUUCUAACAUGGGUCCAGUAGGAUCUGGAAUAAGUGGUGGCAUGGGUGGCAUGAACAGUGUGACUGGAGGAAUGGGGAUGGGACUAGACCGGAUGAGCUCCAGCUUUGAUAGGAUGGGACCAGGUAUAGGAGCUAUACUGGAAAGGAGCAUCGAUAUGGAUCGAGGAUUUCUAUCCGGUCCAAUGGGAAGCGGAAUGAGAGACAGAAUAGGCUCCAAAGGCAACCAGAUAUUUGUCAGAAAUCUGCCUUUUGACUUGACUUGGCAGAAACUAAAAGAGAAAUUCAGUCAGUGUGGUCAUGUAAUGUUUGCAGAAAUAAAAAUGGAGAAUGGAAAGUCAAAAGGCUGUGGAACAGUCAGAUUUGACUCCCCAGAAUCAGCUGAAAAAGCAUGCAGAAUAAUGAAUGGCAUAAAAAUCAGUGGCAGAGAAAUCGAUGUUCGCUUGGAUCGUAAUGCGUAAUUUUAAACCGCGGUUGGAACAUUCUUACAUCUGUUUUGCUGAAUCUCCUAGAAAAAGUCAUUUUUUUUUAGUAAUACUGUAUGCUUACAAAAGCUGUAAAAAUGAACUUUUAAAACUCCCACCAGCUUUUAACAGUAUAGUGUUAAAUAUACUGUGGUUUUUGUUAAUCUCAAGUUUGGGUUUUUAAAGACAGCAAGUUGGUCAUUCAGUUUAAAUGAAUGGUUAUACUGUUUUUAAUGAAAUAAGCCAUUUUUCUUGUUGUUACUUUCAGUACUACAUAGUGGGAUUUGUCCAAGUUUCCUCAACUUUUAUCAACUUACUGUAAGGUAAAACAGAUGGUUUUUUCAAAACUUCCAUUUUAUAUAUGUAAUUGUCCUUGAAAAGAAAGGGCUCAGACAAAUUAGGAUGUGAUUUUGGGUUGGUUUUAAAUUACUUUUCUUUGGUGAUGAAGAAUUACUGUAAGUAAGUUUUAGAUUCUAAAGUUCAGGAUAUUUUUUAUUUGACUUAAAUGAAGAAAUGGAGUUUUCCUGCUCUUCCUUCUCCCAUCAUCCACGUUUUCCACAUAACCCUAUUAAUAUCAACCUCCACAGCCCCUUAUUUUAUUAUUUCCGAUGAUUCCAAGUUCAUAUAGAACCGAUAAUGUGGUAAUCCCCAAGUAUAAUAAUAGGCAGACUACUCCCAGCUUUCUGUCUAGUUUCCAGCCAUUGAAGUGAACUGCUGAAAAAAGGAAAAUAAUAGAAAUGUUGAGAGAGAUGGUUAUGUAAGUUAGUCCUCUGCUGUUCACUUCUACAGGAGCUGAUGCAUUUAUAAAUGCAGUUUUAAUAAACCAUGGAACACCUAGGCACAGCAUAUCAAACACAUUGGAUCCCACGAUGUUAGACAUAGCCAUAUCUCCUUUGCCUGCAAAAAAAAACAAAACAAAAAAAAGCAUGUUGUUAAAAUGUGCACACCAAUGCUGUAUUUUUAUUAAUAAGCUUCAUAAAAAAACACUGGAAAUUUUUUUUGUUUGUUGGUUUUGGAAAAUUGUUAUUAGAACAAAAGUCUUACUGAAUUUGUAUUUUUUAAUUUUGGGGGGGUUAGUAUUUAAAGUCUUAACAUUUAUUUAAUAAUAAUUAUCUUUAUUUAUUAAACCAUUUUUCAAUAAGGUCUGUA